AUGGUAGCUCUAAGGAAGAGAAAAUUUGUGCUUGCUGAAGAAUUAUACAUUAAAAUUAUUUGCGCCGAUGAAAUCAUUGGUUGUGGCACAUCAUAUCACUCUGAUGACAGCCAAAAGUCGGAAGAUUACCACCCACAAAGAUCAAGGAACUACACCGUUGACAAAAUCUGUGAAGACCCUGGAUCCCCGCAAGAUUCGAUUCUGAUGAGUCAACUGAGAGAGUUUAGUCAUCGCUCCGUCGAGUUAAGCAAGACUGACAGGACAGAAGGCCAUCUUUCACACAUUUCUGAGUUUGCUUGUAACAGGCCAAAAGAUAUUGAUCCAGUCACUUUUAACUGGUGUAUAAAACUUGCCAAUUUCCGCUUCAACGACAACAACAACAAAUGGAUGGAUCUACAAAAGACCACCAUUGCUAUGUUAAACAAGGCAAUUACAAGUUAUGAUAAGCAAGUUGUACAAGUCGCCAAUUUGCUUCACACAAUGUCAGUACCUAUUUUUCCCUCCACCUCAGGACAAACAGUAGGGUUGCAUGGCGAACAGACCGGAAACUUCAAGCCUGAUUACGUGGCAUACGCCUCAUCCUGGCUGGAGGAAGAAAUAUUGGCUGAAAAGAUUGUAAGCUCAAACUCGUGUGUUGUUCAAGACGCAGAAACUGGAUUAAGCGUCAUUACUCAAGGAUUUAAAAAAUUACAAAACAUCGAAGAGCUUUCGGACUCUUUAACUGACUUUUCAAAGCAUGUGUUGACCCACUACAAAAGACCAGCAGUAAAAAAACGCUUCCAAUAUCAUUUUGAAACUACCUUUGACCACUAUUCCGUACGAAGCUCAAAAAUACAAGCUACGAACAGCCUUCUUAAAGAAAGCUAUCGUAUCCAUACCAGUUUGGGAACUGUCACGGCAGACGAAACCAUUGGUUGUGGAAAAUCUUAUCACUCUGAGGACAGCCAGAAGUCGGAAGAUUACCAUCCACAAAGAACAAGGAAUUACACCGUCGACAAAAUCUGUAAAGACCCUGGAUCCCUGAGACAUUUCAGGCGCUGCCCAGCCGAGCUAGUCAAGACCGGCUAUAUUCAAGAUUUGAACUUGGGUCUUUCUGCCCCCGUUUUUAUAACGUGGACAUAUCAAAACGGUCUUUCUGAAAGUUCGUUAGACUGUGUUUAUCUCUUUUCGGAGAAGAUUAAUAAGUCGGUGGACAAGUAUUUGGGAACAGAAGGCCAUCUUUCACACAUUUCUGAGUUUGCUUGUGACAGGCCAAAAGAUAUUGAUCCAGUCACUUUUAACUGGUGUAUGAAACUUGCCAAUUUCCGCUUCAACGACAACAACAAUAAAUGGAUGGAGCUACAAAAGACCACCAUUGCUAUGUUAAACGAGGCAAUUACAAAUUAUGAUAAGCCAGUUGCCCAAGUCGCCAAUUUGCUUCACACAGUAGCACCGCGAUUACUUAUCAACCCAAACGAAUCCAAAGUUGAGGACACACACAUCCAUAAUUUUGUGUCGUACAUCAUCAAACUGGUAUUUGGAAUUGAAGACAUCCUGAAGCAUGAGUGGGCAAACGGUAGGUUGCAUAGUGAAAAGACCGGAAAGUUCAAGCCUGAUUACGUGGCAUACGUCAGAACAAGGAGCACACGCCAUGAUCUUACCAUAGCUGAAGUCAAGCCUACUGAAUCCAGUUCUCGUAAGCCGCCAUCUGAUUUGGUGAAGUUAGGUCAACAGAUGAAAUUGAUGCUGAACAACCUCGUAAGCUACAAGAUUCCUAACCCUGUAGUAUGUGGAAUUCUGGUUGAAGGAAAAAAGUGCUCAUUGUAUAAAAUGGAUAUUGUUGGACCAGCUUUCUAUCGUAUGGUACAUGUUGUUUCGUUCUCAUUGUGCACCAACAAAUCUGAAGUAAGCUUGAUUCCAAAUAUGUUUAUGUGGAUGUCGUGUUUAAAGGAUAUCACAAUCGAAACAGCCAAGCAGAUAGAACAAACUGAAAUAGCAAGGGCGAAAGGCAUAGACUAUUUUCUGGAUGUGUAUAGACGUAAAAGAUUUCUAAUACAAGGAACAGAAAUGGUAAUUGUUGAUAGUAGUGGUAGAGUCCUUUACAGUAGGAAGAAGAUUAUAGCAAUUAAGUGCUUAGGAUCGAACUUUUUUAUUAGCAGAUAG